GGGGGGAGGAAUAGUGCCCAUCCUUGGUGUCAGUGGGGAGGAAUAGUGCCCCGUCAUUGGUGUCAGUGGGGGGAGGAAUCGUGCCCCGUCCAUUGGUGUCAGUGGAGGAAUAGUGCCCCGUCAUUGGUGUCAGUGGGGGGAGGAAUAGUGCCCCGAUCAUUGGUGUCAGUGGGGGGAGGAAUAGUGCCCCAUCCUUGGUGUCAUGGGGGGAGGAAUAGUGCCCCAUCAUUGGUAUCAGUGGGGGGGAGGAAUAGUGCCCCAUCCUUGGUGUCAGUGGGGGGAGGAAUAGUGCCCCAUCAU